AUAGUACACAGGUCUAAAAAUUUUAGAUUUUACAGAAGCACCGUUCGGUUCUCUGAAUUUUGUUUAUCAUUGGUGUGAGUAAUUGAGUUUCUGGAAAAGUAGACUGAGCUGCGAUGCGCGUAAUCUUCUUCUGCAGCGAAGAACCACAUCCAAAGGAGUGGUUCUAUUGUUGAGGAAGACGCAAACAAGCUUGCACGUAAUGUAUUUGAUCAAAGUUCUAAAAGCAUCCAAUACGAGGAGUUGAUAUUGACUUUAUUUAUUUGCAGCACAUUGCCUCUACAACCGGAGAAUAUACUUGCAGUUCCCUCGACAUUGCAUAGAGUUUUCACCCUUAACCUGGUUUGGUGUAGCGGGGAACGGGAUGGCUUAGAGGUAGAACUGUGCGUAAAAACAGCUUGUCGUUUUUCCUGGUUAGCAAUUAUGCGCAUAACCAACGUAAUAGCGGGCAACGCUCUUCUUUUCCGGAGUUCACCCUUGGCACGAUUUCUAUGCCAGCGCCAUCAUUCGUCUACCAAUUUGUUUGUCGCAGGGCUUUCCUACGACACGAAUGAACCUGUUUUGAGAGAUGCGUUUGGACAACAUGGUGAAAUCAUUGAAGUUAAAGUAAUAUGUGAUCACGUGACUGGACAAUCAAGAGGGUAUGGAUUCGUGCGGUUCGCUUCUGAAAUUUCAGCCGCCACAGCUCGCAAAGAAAUGGAUGGCCAGAUAGUGGAUGGCAGACCCAUUCGGGUGAGUUAUGCGCACAAAGGGUAGCCGUCAAAACUGCCAAACAAUUCACAAGACUUGAAGUCUGUAUUCUGAGCUUUAGUCAUUAGUCAUGAAAUGCAAAUUUAAUACAUAGCGGCGUUCUAGAUAAUCAUUUUCCCACAAAUCUCAUUCUGUCAAACAAAUAUUGUAAUGAUACUUUUCUUACUCAAUACUCUUCUUUCUUUUUUUU